UGUAAGGUAGUAACACAAACUGGCCACAUCAGGGACAUUAGCGCAAUAUACAAUCAUUUAAAUAUGGAUAAAUAAUUCAACAUGCCAUUUUAACAUGAUAGUAUAUGUUUCCCACUCAAACUAUUGAAACAACGACAGCUAUGUCUCACUCAUUUAAACCAUUAAAGAGUUUAAAAAAUGCUCACACGACGUAACCAGGCGCUCUAGACACAAGCCUCCAUAGUGUCUGUGCAUUAGGCUGAAUGUUUUGCCGUCCCUACGUAUUGCGCACGCCCCAGACUACUUUGUGUCAAUGUUUAACAAGGACUCUCUCCUCCUCACCAGUGUCAUGAUCAAAGAUAUGAUCAUGAGCCUCACGUACAAUAUAUUGUUUUGGUCAUUGUGCUGCCACAGAAUGAAUUGUGAGCAAGGCCUCAAAAAAGCUUUAUAUAUCAGAGCUGCGAGAAAACUUCUAUAUAUUUUUGAAAUAAUGUUGCGAUUGUUUGUGAGAAUGCCAACAGGUGUGGUUCCGUGGAGUAAAGAUUAUAUUGGGGAAAGGUUCCGGUGGGGGUUGCCAUGGAAGCCAAGAAGGGGAGUGAGGUGUGCGUGUGCGUGUGUGUGCGCGCGUGUGCGUGUGUGUGUGUGUGUGUGUGUGUGUGUGUGUGUGUUCAAACACACAUGCAUGACCGGGAACACCGCAGGUUAAAUAAAACAACCCAAAACCUAAUGAAAAUCAUCUAAAUGUAUUUUAUGUGUUCAGAUGCCCUGUGUGGACAAAGUCAUGAAACCUUAUGACAAUCAGAAUAAAUUAACUACAUUUGUCCGGGAGAAAAUUUCGGACAAAUCGCUCCAAUUCGACCGGAACACAGCAGGAGGGUUACAAUUAUACACCAAAGUUAUACCAAAUUGAAGGUGGAACGGUUGAACGGACUGAAAAAAUAACAACAACCUUACAUUACGAUACAGAAGGGAGGGGAAAUGUAGCUAUAACAUUUGAAUCUACACCCCGGGGAGUGAUGCAGGCUGUGGAGAUUUCCGGUGUACAUUAUUAGUGGAUGGCGUUCCGCUCUCAUCUCGCCACCGUCCUCCGCCAGCCGAAAUAUUUAUCGGAAGGUCGACUCCUGUCCUGGCACCAGAGGAAGAUGACUGAGAGCCAUACCGAAAUGGUUUCUGCCCUUUUACUAGUGGACGACCAGAGGUGUAUCACCUAUUGAUAAGAGCCGGUAGACCACACACCUGUUGGACCUCGCCAGCCCGACCAAAACCUGCCCCCAUAGCCGGGCCUUAUUGGAUCCUCCUGGGCCUCCCCUUCACACAAUCCAAACUGAAUCAAUACGUACGAAGCAGCAGGAUGACUGAGGCGUGGCAGCAGCACGCAGUGGCCCCUCCACCCACCGUGGUGCACAACCUCCCCCCGGGCUCCGACAGCGCCCUGGGCUGUGCCGUGUACGGGAUCGUCCUCCAGCCGGAUGUGGCAUCCCUCCAGCAGCAGCCCCAGCACGGCCAGCAGCAUGCCGUACCCGCCCAGCAGCCUUCCCUACAGGUAGGAGGCGAGGGAGGGCACAAGUGCGGAGCCUGCGGCCAUGACAUAUCCCACCUAGCUAAUCCACACGAGCACCAGUGUAUGGGGACCGGGGAUCGGUCGUUCCAGUGUACCCAAUGUAUGAAGAUCUUCUGCCAGGCCACGGAUCUGUUGGAGCAUCAGUGUGUACAGGUGGAGCAGAAGCCGUUUGUGUGUGGUGUGUGUAAGAUGGGUUUCUCUUUGCUCACCUCGCUGGCACAGCACCACAACGCCCACAACAACGGCAACAACCCCAUGAAGUGUUCCAUCUGUGAGAAGACCUACCGCCCAGGUUCUGGCAACAACACCCCCACCUCCUCCGCCGCCAACCCGUCCACCGGCGAGGCCUCCAGUGGCGGGGCGGCGCUUCGGGGACCGGACAGGCCCUACAAGUGCUCGGUGUGCCACAAGGGCUUUCGGCAUCUGUCUGAGCUGUCGCGACACGAGCGGGUGCACACGGGAGAAAAGCCUUACAAGUGUGACACCUGUGACAAGAGCUUCAGCCAGUCCUCUCACCUGGCCCACCACCAGCGCACCCACAGCUCAGAGCGGCCCUACAAGUGUGCCGUGUGUGAAAAGUGCUUCAAGCACCGCUCACACCUGGUGCGCCACAUGUACGCCCACUCCGGCGAGCACCUGUUCAAGUGCAAUCUGUGCGAGAUGCACUUCAAGGAGUCGUCGGAGCUGCUGCACCACCAGUGCCAGCCCACAGUGACGUUGGACAGGCCGUUCCGCUGCGGCUCGUGCGGGAAGGGCUUCAAGCGGCCUUCGGAUCUGCGGCAGCACGAACGCACGCACUCCGAGGAACGCCCGUUCCAGUGCGAGGAGUGCCAGAUGAGCUUCAAGCAGCAGUACGCCCUCGUUCGUCACCGCCGCACUCACAAGAACCCGGCCGACCGGCCUUUUAAGUGUAACCUAUGCGACAAGGGUUUCCUGCAGCCCUCCCACCUGCUGUACCACCAGCACGUCCAUGGCAUGGAGAGCCUGUUCAAGUGUGCUUCCUGCCAGAAAGGCUUCAGCCAAUCCGGUGAACUGCUCCGGCACAAAUGCACCGGCUCGGGUCGGCGUCUGCCCUACAAGUGCGACGUGUGCGGCAAAGGUUACAAGAAGAAGUCGACGCUCCAGCGCCACCAGAACUCCAGCUGUCAGGAGAAGCCGCUGAAGUGCUCCCUGUGCAACCGACGCUUCCUGUCGCCGUCUGAGUUCGUGACGCACCGCUGCGACCCGUCACGGGAGAAGCCCCUGAAGUGCCCCGACUGCGAGAAGCGCUUCAAGUAUUCCUCGGAGCUGCAACGGCACCGUCGCGUCCACACCGGAGAGAAGCCUUACAAGUGCUCCAGCUGCGACAAGAGCUUCAAGCAGAGGGAGCACCUGGUGAAGCACCAGGCGGUGCACUCGCGGGAAGCCCAGUUUAAGUGCGUGUGGUGCGGGGAGCGUUUUGUGAACCUGGGAGCCCUCCAGGAGCACACGGUCCAGCACACUGCGGAAGGAGGCGGUUAUCCCACAGCCCCGUGUAUACAGUGAGCAGGUCUGCUGCUGUUGAGCGCCUGUACAGUGUGAACACACGCGGUGACAUGGAACGUUGCCCGCCAGGCACGCAGCAACACUCUUCCUGACACCUUAUUUGUAUAUAACCACACAUUCAUUAUUUACAUUUAGUUACACACACACCCCCCACUCCUUUUGCAUAAACAUAAUAAUGGUAUAUACAUAAACAAUGGUAAAACUCUGCUUAAUCCUAACCAUGGAGUUAUUAUGGACACCUUCUUCCUCACACCAAGGUAAUCGUGCCCAUGUUCUGCCCUUCCAACUACCCAUGAUCCCAGAUCAACUGAAAACAGUACAUCAACUACCCAUGAUCCCAGAUCAACUGAAAACAGUACAUCAACUACCCAUGAUCCCAGAUCAACUGAAAACAGUACAUCAACUACCCAUGACCCAGAUCAACUACCCAUGAUCCCAGAUCAACUGAAAACAGUACAUCAACUACCCAUGAUCCCAGAUCAACUGAAAACAGUACAUCAACUACCCAUGACCCAGAUCAACUACCCAUGAUCCCAGAUCAACUGAAAACAGUACAUCAACUACCCAUGACCCAGAUCAACUACCCAUGAUCCCAGAUCAACUGAAAACAGUACAUUAACUACCCAUGAUCCCAGAUUAACUGAAAACAGUACAUCAACUAGCCAUGACCCAGAUCAACUACCCAUGAUCCAGAUCAACUACCCAUGAUCCAGAUCAACUACCCAUGAUCCAGAUCAACUACCCAUGAUCCAGAUCAACUACCCAUGUCCCUGAUCAACUACCCAUGAUCCAGAUCAACUACCCAUGAUCCAGAUCAACUACCCAUGAUCCAGAUCAACUACCCAUGAUCCUGAUCAACUACCCAUGAUCCAGAUCAACUACCCAUGACCCAGAUUAACUGAAAACAGUACAUCAACUACCCAUGAUCCAGAUCAACUACCCAUGAUCCAGAUCAACUACCCAUGAUCCAGAUCAACUACCCAUGAUCCAGAUCAACUACCCAUGAUCCAGAUCAACUACCCAUGAUCCAGAUCAACUACCCAUGACCCAGAUUAACUGAAAACAGUACAUCAACUACCCAUGAUCCAGAUCAACUACCCAUGAUCCAGAUCAACUACCCAUGACCCAGAUUAACUGAAAACAGUACAUCAACUACCCAUGAUCCAGAUCAACUACCCAUGAUCCAGAUCAACUACCCAUGAUCCAGAUCAACUACCCAUGAUCCAGAUCAACUGAAAACAGUACAUCAACUACCCAUGAUCCAGAUCAACUACCCAUGAUCCAGAUCAACUACCCAUGAUCCAGAUCAACUACCCAUGAUCCAGAUCAACUACCCAUGAUCCAGAUCAACUGUGGUCACCUUGUUGGAUGCAGGGUAAAAUGCAACUUGAAAAAGGAAUCUUUCAAUCUGAAAAGGCAUUUUGGAAAUGUAUUCAUGUGUUGUAACAUCAAAUACUUAGAGGAGUUGCUUUUUAAAACAUUUAUGGAAAUGAAAUGUUUAAGGAGAUUAGGGGGUGUCUUAUUCUCUGACUCCUUUAUGCUCAUUUCAUUUCUUUGCUGUGGUUUGGGUUCAAGUUUUGGCCACACUACGUGUUGAACUCCCCCUUAACCCUCUGGUUGGCUGUUAGUAAUGGCCAAUAAACCCCACCCCCUCAUAGACUUAAAUAUACGUUUCUGCAUGAGUAUAUUUAAGCAAUGUGGCCCGAGGGGUUGUGGUAUAUGGCCAAUAUACCACGGCUAAGGGCUGUUCUUAUGCACGAUGCAAUGCAGAGCCCUUAGCUGUGGUAUAUUGGCCAUAUACCACAACCCCCUUGAGGUGCCUUUAUAAACUGGUUAUCAAUGUAAUUAGAGCAGUUAAAAUACAUGUUUUGUUAGACCUGUAGUAUACCACGGCUGUCAGCCAAUCAGCAUUCAGGGCUCGAACCACCCAAUUUAUAAUUGUGAAAUAUGUUUAUAUUUAGCAUCACUGUUGUACUGUAGUAGCUUAGGUUUGCUUAAAAAAAGAAGAAAAAAAAAUGUGACAAGUUAUAUCUUGUGUCCUCUUUGGAAAUCUGUGGUAGAUAAACUGUCUCAUCUUUGUACUAUAAUGAAUAGCAACUACUGUAGUAUGUAUCAAUGGGAAUAUUUCCCCGCAUUCUGGACUACUUUGGCUCCCUAUGUCAUAGAAAUAAACACAUACCAUAUCUCUCCGUCAACGUGGGGCUCCCGAGUGGAACUGCAUCUCAGUGCUAGGAGGUGUCCCUACAGACCCUGGUCCGAUUCCAGGCUGUAUCACAACCGGCCGUGAUUGAGAGUCCCUUAGGGGUGGCGCACAAUUGAUCCAGUGUCGUCCGCGUUUGGCCCGGGGUUAGGCCCGUCAUUGUAAAUAAGAAUUUGUUCUUAACUGACUUGCCCAGUUACAUCAAAUAAAAUGUGCACAGGGAAUGGGCCGACGAUGCUCACAACCUCUGAAUCCUAUACGUACUGUUUGUACAUAAAUAUUACACGCUAACAUAUUAACAAACUUAGUGGUAGAAGUUGUCAAAAUGUGUUGAAGAACUGCUUCUGCUACCUGCUUUUCUACCCAGUUGAGUUGAGAUUGUUUUGUGUUUUUGUAUUUAAGCAAAAAGGGUUGUGGAGGACAUCCUCCGGUCCGGUGGCAUUGUCCUCCGACAGGUGGGAUCACUCCUACGCUACGCUCGUCCCUCAACCCACGGAGCAGACAGUUGGUCGUAAGACAACGGCCCACUGGUUUUUGUUUAAACCAGUAAUGUCUACAUUUGGAUUUCAACCUAGCAGUUAUCGUGUGAUUUAAAAAAAUAAUAAUAAUUUAAAUUUAAAAAACACACAUCAAUCUCUUUAUCAUGAUUUUCAGUUGGACAUGUUGGCCUUGGUUUGUGCCUAGGAGGUCUUCAUGUAAACCCUGCCAAGUUAGGGUCCCAAUUGCACAAAUUGUUCCCUCAGUUGCCCCUGAAAUAGCUGUGAGAGGACUUUUAUGUUAGUAUGUCUAUAUGUUGAGGUGGAGAAGAAGGAAAUAUGCGAUUAUGUAUGCAAGUUUAUACAUAUGUUGUUUUUUUUAUAUUGUUUUAUGAUAGUGUAUUUGGAAGAAGAAAAAAAAGAAACCGUAUGCUCACAAUGUGUAUUUGGUUAUGAGGAUAUGAAACUGAAAGGUUAGCAGUGAGAAUGUCAUGUGGUGGAUUCAUCCUUCAUGGCACCCUAUUCCCUAUGUAGUAUACCAGGGUCUCUGGUCAAAAGUAGUGCAAGCUAUAGGGAGUAGGGUGCAACUUGGGAAGAAGUUUUAUGUUUGACCUGGAU